AUGAAGCGCAAGUUCGUGAAGGGGAUUAUAGGCAGCAAGCCUGCCCUCCGCCUACUGCCCGAGCCGCCGGCCGCCACUGCUCCUACGCCCCCUGCGCCGCCCGCGUCCGGUCGCCAGCCAUCGCCUCCCCCGCCUCGCCUGGAGCCCGCGCCGGCCCGCGACCCGCCUGCUCGUAACUCCGUCUCCCUCGUCGCGGCCCACCAUCUCCGCGCAUCGACCGAGCGCCGACCCCCUGCACGCCAGUCCGAGUCACUCCCCUCCGAGCGACGCUGCUGCAGCCCGACGCCAGAAGCAGCACCCCCCUCCGUCGCGCCUCCGUUCCUGUUCUGUCGUGCUUCCGCCGCUACCGCACCCCUGUUGCAGCAACCGCCGAGACGCUUGCAGCCCGGAGCACCAGCAGCACCUUUGCCUGAGCACCAGCACUCGAGCCUCCGCCGUGCCGACGCCAGUAGCUUGCUCCCCGCCUCCGCUGGUCACCGCUUCCGCGCGCUUGCCCUGUCGCGUCUCCGCCCCUGCUUCGCCGCGCCCCCGAAGCCCACGACCUGCAGCAUCCCGCGAGCACCGCCUCCGCCUUGCUGCCGCGCCUCCCUCUGCCCGACGCCGCUGCUCGCCGUCGCAGCAGCACCUUCGCUCGAGCCCGCCUAG